UCAAUCCACUACUUUGACAGUCCGGCAACACAGUACUAGUAAACAACACGAAAAUUACAAAGAAUUUAAUGAAAUUCGUAAUUUCGGGAAAAGAAUUUGCAAAAAAUCAAAUAAAUUGCAGACAAUUAUUUUACAUAACUAUAAAACUAUAAACAACACAAAGAGUAGAGAAAAAACUCAUCAAAGAAUAGGCAAACAAAGAUCAAGGGGUCUACGUAAACCCCCCUUAAAGGCAAGCACAUAGAAAAAAGAUGGACGAUAAAAAAAGUAUACAGGAUUGCAAGGACUAUUAUUCAUCCGUCUGUCGAACAUGUUUGCAAGCAAAUGGAGAAAUGCAAAAUUUAAGCGCGCCCAUGAAUGGCGGUGCUGACAGAAGUACAUAUUUGGAUUGUCUCAACUACUGUAUGCCUAGCUAUAGCGGAGUUACGGAGGAAACCGAUGCCCUGCCCCUGUGUAUAUGCAAAGAUUGUGCAUCCGCAUUACAAGUGGCCUAUUGGUUUAUGAAAAAUGCCACCAAAGCCCAGGAAGUGCUAAAAAUUCGUAUCAAUGAAAUCAAAGAAAAACAAAAGCAACUCGAACGAGAGGAGGCGGCCCAAGCAAAGGCAAGCGAGGAAGUAAAGAAGCCCAAACGUUAUCGUUGUAAAAUUUGCAAUACAAAAUUGGAAACAAAGAGGUCUUUAAAAGAUCACGUCAAAUUGCAUUUGGAUAUAAUUGCCUAUAAUUGUCAAUUAUGUGGAUUUGAACAUCAUCAACGCAAUCAUUUAAUACAACAUUAUCAAUUUACGCACGGCGUUGAACCAACCCCUGAACAAUUGAAGCCCAAGACAAAAAUUACACCUCCCAUUAAAAGCAGCAAUAGCACAUCCACCAGACAAACUGUUAAUGGCAGCGGACAGAGACAGCAAUUUCUACAACAACCACUGUCAAACUCAGGUGAAGUUUAUGUUGAUAACCACCAGCCCGUAGCAACAGCACAAAACUCUCAUGAAAUUAUUUACACAAGUGCCCCACAAAAUCAAAAUAUCGUUUAUGCCACCGCCAUAAAUACCCAAACAACAACGGCUCCCCUGGAGGGAAAUGCUGCAACAACGACAAUUUUUGCCCAAACAAAUGGAGAGGCAUUUACAUUCAAUUCCGGCUUUGAAGGAAAUCUCAAUAUGCAAAAUGACACAAAUGUUGGUAAUGAAUUUAUUGUUAUGGCCGAUGGGUCUGUGGAAAAUGUUAUGGGCAAGGGUGUUGUUAUUGAAUACAUUAAUGCUGGAGAUGGUACAACUUUGUCCUUGGACAAUGGAUUGGUGCUCGAAAAUAUUCUUCAGGUCCCAAAUGAUGGCAGUACAUCGAAUAUUAUUGUGUCACAAGAUAAUGGCAAUACAAAUAACCUGGCGCUUACACAAAGCGAUGCAAACGCCACCAGUAUGAUAAUUUCAAACAAUGAUAUGGUGCAAAUGGAUGUGGAUGAUAUUAUUGUGGAGGAUCCAGAGAAUACACCAGAACAGACACAAGAUGUACCCAUAUCCCCCAUUGACGAAGACAUGAUCCCCGCCACAUUUAUUGAACAGCCAAAAAGAAAUAUUUGCAAAAUAUGUGCCAAAGAAUUUGAUACACAAGAUGAGCUGAAAACCCAUAUGUUGACACACAAUGAAAUUCCACAUUUCUUCUGCGAUCAUUGUUCAUUUUAUACCUUCUUUAAAAUUGAUUUAAAUCAACACUACAAAAGCAAACACAACAUCCAGCCGACAAACAAGCAGCUACAACCGAAAAAUAAACCAACCACACGUUGUGCGGACGCUGAAAUGGAUCCACAAACAAAAAAUGCCAUUGUUGAGAAAAUUGAACGUUUUGCCAGAUCUCCGAAAUUGGUAUACAGUUGCGAUAUAUGUUUCUAUGAAUGUGAUUUGAAGUAUGAAAUUAAACGGCAUUAUCUGGCCAAGCAUUGCAUGAAUGUACAGGAUAUACAGCAAAGGCCAACACGUACGGGCAUUACCAACAACACUCUCAUACAGCCAGUGUCUAAUAAAACAAUGAGAUCAUCACCGACCACGUCAACCGCCUCCAGCCUUAGUGGGGGCUCGCCUCAAAAAACUUCCUCUGUAAACAUAAGUAAUAAUAUAAAUAAUACAAUGAAUACAACGACGGCCGAAGAAGAUCCCAUGUUACCGGAUUAUUUGAAUGGAUUGAAUUGUCGUAAAUGCAAUGAGGUAUUUUUCUAUCGCAAUAAAUUGUAUGAACAUUACAAACUGCAUAGUGCCCAGGAGGAGGCGGAAAAGCAACUCCAAAAAAAGGAAACAAAAACACCAAGUACUGUGAAACAAGUGCAGGAGCAAACCACAGGGAACUCUUUGGACUUACAACCCACAGAAACCCUUUUACCCAUGCAGCAACAUAAUAUCACAACAGAGCCACAAAUACAGUUACAAUAUCAAGAGCCUAAUCAGACGCCGCAAACACAUCAGAUUCAAGUAUUACAACAAUUGCCACAACAAGAAGAAGUUGUCAUCACAACCACUCCCCUGGACAAUUCCUUGACAACGAGCUUCAAUAACGUUGUUGAUCCCAUGACAUUGGUGUUAACACCAAAUACCACAUUAAGCAAUGCCGUUGCUCCCCUAACACCAUCCUCCAGUUCUACAUAUACCCUACCAUCCGAUGCAAUACCACAAAUUGUGGAAAUGGAACAGACCAUUGAAACCGAUAUGGAUUUUGAUUUUAACGGCGAUGCUCUCUUUGAGGAUUUUGAUGAUGUUGAAAAUUCAUCCGAUGACAAUGAUAUGCGUAAUUUGGCUCUCACUUCCGAUGAUGAUUUUGAUGAUGUCCUCAAGGAGCAGAGUGAAAGUCAAACGGAGACGGCCACAUCCUAUUGUGCCCAGUGUCAAAAAUCAUUUCUCAGCCAGUAUCAAUUUGAAAAUCAUAUGUUUUUGCACAGAGGACUGGCUCCGUAUCGUUGUGAAAUGUGUACCAAUCUCUAUAACACUAAACGUGCUUUAAUACGCCAUUAUCGGGCUGUCCAUAAGAGAAUACCCACAAGGGAUAUGAUCCAGGCCAAGGGUGAUAAAGUUUAUGUUAGUGAUAAUUCUUCUAUGGAAAAUUUGAGUAUUGAACAAUCCAGCGUAACAACCUUUAUGUGUGCUAAAUGUACCUAUGAAUCCACAGACUUUCCCAGUGUGCAAUUACACUUGAACACAAAUCAUAGCAUUCACGAUGAUUCUUAUAUAUUAAAAAAACUUCCUUAUGAAUGUCCCCGCUGCAUACGAUCAUAUUCAACCAAAGCAAAAUUGUUACGCCAUUUGGAACGUAAUCAUUCAACGACACCAAUUAAUAAUCCACAAAUUCAAAUUAAUUCCACAGAAACUGUAACAACAACGACAACAACCACAACCGCUCCGGUGUUAAAUAAUAAUAACGUUGAUGCACCACUACCAGUGAUGACUAAUAACAAUAAUAAUAAUAAUGAGAAUGCAUCAAGCGGUAAGGUAUAUGAAGAGGUCAAUAUUAUUAAUCCCAAUCCCAACAACCACAACAACAGUACUAUUAAUAAUAAUAAUAACAAUAACAACAAUAAUGGUCUAAUCCGAGAUAUGCCAUCAAUUGUAAAUAACGAUAGCAAAACAUAAUACUCUGCAAAUAUGAUUAUAUCUCAAUUGCCGAUUGUUUAAUAGCGCAAGAAAAGAAACAGAAAAUCAUUGCAAAACAAACAAAUCUCUAAGAAGAAAAUUAUAAAAUACAUUAUACCUUUUUUAACAAAA